CCUGUUUCCCCGGUUAUUGACAUGGCCUGCUCUUCCUCCUGAAUCAACUCCCACUCAUUCCUGUUGCUCUGACCAGAAAUGGUCUGAAUCCCCUCAUUUGCACUCCUCUGUAUCGUACUCUAAUUCUUGCAUAUAUAAUGCCUAUAUGACUGUCACAUACGCACCAGCUUAUUGUUAUUAUUUGUUGAUUUUUCUUGGCGGAUCCAAUUGUUUUGUUGACUUUCAGCAAAGCCAAAGCAUACUUCGACACAAACGACACCUGCUCUACUGGCUUACACUCGCACAACGAACUGCGUACCCCUCCAUACUCGAACAAGAAGCUCUAAAGCUGUCCCCGAGCACGUUAUGCAAUAUGGCAUCCACCCGCCGAAGAUCAUCAGUUAGCCGUGCGUCGGUCGAGUCGAUUUUGAUUUCAGGGGAAUCGACCCAGCCGGCAGCUCCUCCAAGUCCUCACGUCGGAACUUCCCCAAACAGAGCACAGUCUGCGAUGUCGCCGCCUCCUCGACCAGUAAUGGGACAUGCUCGUGCCUUGUCAUACACUCCGCGACGGCCCAAUCGACUGUCAUUGAGCUUCCCGGUAGCCCCCAAUAACAACGGGAACGAAUCUGCGCGAGCAACUCCUACUUCGUCGAACAUGCCAUCAUUUCCCCCAACUCCGAUAGAACAAAUACCUCUGCCAUCUCCAGAUGAACAUAACUCUUUCCUUGUUGCUUUAGCUGGACAAGAGAGAAAGGUAUUGGAGUUGAAGGAGGAACUUGCCAAAGCUGAAGGCGAAUUAAGCAAGCUGAAGAAGCAAUACGCACGCCACGAGGCAAGCAGGAAAAGGGCAGAGGUGCGACAUGUAGAGCCAUUACAGACCGUUGUAGCGGAGGGCUCCGGCAGUGAGGAUCCAUCAGUUAUGCCACGACUGAGUGCGGAUAUGGACAGGCGGAGAGCUCUGCUCAACAGUCUCAAUAUACCCAAGGAGACACGGCGAAAGUUCUCAGGUGCCCAUACCCGGACACUCUCACUUCUCUCUCCUGAGCGAACGAACUUCCAUCAGCCGCAGCCAUUUCCACCCGUCAUGGAAUCAUCAGCCGAGCACCAGGGCCUGCCGAAAAGUCUUACAAUGCCAGAUACCAGUCAAGGACUCCGAAGAAUCUCGUCCAGUCGCGCAAACGCAAGACAUUCUUAUCAGAUCGGUGUGCCUCUAGGUGCGAAACAGCUUGCCGAGGAUCUCAAGUCCGGAAUGUGGACUUUCCUUGAAGACUUGCGCCAGGCGACCGUUGGGGAUGAGGCUGUCAAUGGAACUUCAAGUAGAACGAUCUUGGAGCCUCCUCAGAGUGGGCCCGUGAGGAAGAGCAGUAAGAGCAGUUUGACGAGCAAUGAUAAAGGCAAACGUGGGCAAUCACCAAGAUCAAUGUCUCCGCGCACAUGGGAAACUUUGACUGGAAGCAGUCCCCUCAUCGACCUGGGAAUUGAGGAACCAGUCCGGCCCCGAGCAAGAUCACCAUCGACGAUUAAAAAAUCUCGGCCACUCUCUCUUGCAGCACCCCCUUUAGACGACCUCGAUGAUGACUGGGCCGCAUGGGAUUCUCCUAUUCCAAAAUCGCCACGUUGGAGUGGAAGCACGACCGUCUCAAAUCCAGCUACACCGUCAAACGAGAAUGAUGAUGAGAACGUCAAAAUCAUUGGACAGCCCUCGGACGAGCUCAAUACUCCAACCAAGCGCACGGAUAUACAGUGGCCAGCAUUGGACAAUCUGAAUCUGAGCCCUGGUGCUCUCAAGGGUAACUUGCAACGGACUAUGUCCACCAUCAUGAAGGAAUGGGAGAAGACAACCAACAACCUUACGGAACAGCAGUUGGAUCAAACUCCCGCCGGCUCUGAACCUGAAUCGUCCAGCACCGAGGAGGUCGCUAUGAUGUCUCGAUGAAGUAUUUAAUGAGCUGGCAGGAUGGACUGGCGCGACUGGGGUAAUGAUGAUUGUCUUUCUCAUGAUGGAUGAGCCUAAUGAAAACACGAAACUGAAGAUAGAUAUAAAUGUAUAUAAGGAGGUUGAAUACUGGGAAUUAAUGU